UUUGCAUUGACAGCUGUCACAUUGAUUACAAAAAAUCUGGUAGUUUAUCAGUGAAAAAAUAACUCUACCACUUGAAGAAGAUUUUAUUGCGAUUUUAUAAUUAAAAUAACUAAAAUAAACGGCUUAAAAUAACAACAAAUAUAAUAAAAACAAAAUUUUUAGUUUAUUAGUUAAACAAUAUAUUGAAAAAGAAAAAUUAAAUUGAAUAAAUCUUUAAAAAUACGGACCACAAGAGCAUUGAAAAGAUUACGAGCAAAAUCACCACCGCCGCCGUCGUUGCCGUCGUCACUUGAACCGUCAAAGGAGCAACUAACUCCUACAACAUCAACGCAGUCAUUACAAGAACAUAAGACGUUAGCACAAACGAAAAAAUACCAUACAACAUCAUUGUCGAGCACCUCUAAAAUUGCAACAAAUUCCAAACAAAAAAUGCAACGUCAAGGUUCCCAUGGAACGUCGGCACAGAAACACACAAAUCUCGAUGAAAUAUGGACAGAUUUAGAGCAGGGCAUUAAGCAAGUAUUCCAGCAGGAACAAUCAUUAACAACGGAACGUUAUAUGCAACUGUAUACGUAUGUCUACAACUAUUGUACCAGUGUCAAUACUAUGCAGAACAACAGUAGUCGUUCGAACAAACUGGGCGGUGCUCAAUUGGUGGGCAAGAAAUUGUACGAACGUCUUAAGGACUUUCUCAAGGACUACUUGAGUGAUUUGUUAAACAAUUUUAUAGCCAUUAAAGGUGAAGAGGUCCUCUUAGAUCACUACACCAAACAAUGGGUUCUGUAUCAGUUUUCCAGCACUGUCUUAAAUGGCAUUUGUUCCUAUUUGAAUAGACAUUGGGUAAAGCGGGAAUAUGAGGAGGGUCAAAAGGGUAUUUAUGAAAUCUAUCGUCUGGCUUUGGUCACCUGGAAGGAACAGUUAUUUAAGGUUCUCAAUGAACCCGUAACAAAUGCCGUACUCAAAUCCAUUGAUGAGGAAAGAAAGGGCAAAACCAUUAAACGUUCAUUGAUACGUGAUGUUAUCAACUGCUAUGUUGAGUUGGGUUUCGACGAAGAGGAUGAAAUGGACAAUAAAGAUCAUAAGAAACAGAAAUUGUCUGUGUAUCGGGAUCAUUUUGAAAAGAAAUUCUUGGCUGAAACGGCGGCAUUCUAUAAACACGAAUCGGAAACAUUUCUCAGUAGUAAUACUGUGGCCGAGUACAUGAAACAUGUAGAGAAACGUUUGGACGAGGAGCGUAAACGUGUAAAUGGUUUAGAUUUUGAUUCCGUACUCACCUCCUAUUUGCAUGUCAGCACUUUGGAUAAAUUGGUGGAAACCUGUGAAGUGGUUCUGAUUGAAAAACAUUUAGAUGUAUUCCGCUCCGAAUUCCAAAAUCUUUUAAAUGCCGACAAAAAUGCCGAUUUAAAACGUAUGUACACUUUAGUGGCCCGCACACCACGCAAUCUCAACGAGCUGAAGACCAUACUGGAGGAACACAUACUACAACAAGGCUCUCAGGCCAUUGAAAAAUGUGGCAAUACAGCAGCCGCUAACGAUCCCAAGAUCUAUGUUCAGACCAUAUUGGAAGUACACAAGAAAUACAAUGCCCUUGUCUUGACCGCAUUCAACAAUGACAACGGCUUCGUCUCAGCUCUUGACAAGGCCUGCGGUAAAUUCAUUAACUCGAAUGUCGUUACACAGGUUAACAGUGCCAGUAAAUCGCCCGAAUUGUUAGCCAAAUAUUGUGACAUACUGCUUAAGAAAUCAUCCAAGAAUCCCGAGGAAAAGGAAUUGGAAGACAAUCUAAAUCAAGUAAUGGUCGUCUUCAAGUACAUUGAAGACAAAGACGUCUUCCAGAAAUUCUAUUCGAAAAUGCUGGCCAAACGUUUGGUCAAUCACACCUCAGCCUCCGAUGAUGCCGAGGCUGUUAUGAUAUCAAAACUUAAGCAGACAUGUGGCUACGAAUACACCAUCAAAUUGCAGCGCAUGUUCCAGGAUAUUGGUCUGUCAAAGGAUUUGAAUAACAAUUUCAAACAGCACUUGCAGACCAACAACACACGCAUGGAAAUUGACUUCAGCAUUGAGGUUUUAUCUUCCGGCUCUUGGCCUUUCAAUCAGAGCAGUAACUUUUCCUUGCCCUCGGAAUUGGAGAAAGCCGUACAACAUUUCAAUACGUUCUAUUCAACUCGCCACUCGGGACGCAAGCUUAAUUGGCUGUAUCAUAUGUGCAAAGGUGAAUUGUCAACGAAUUGUUUCCUCAACAAAUACACACUGCAGGCCAGUACCUUCCAAAUGGCUGUAUUAUUGCAAUUCAACGAUCAGACGCAUUAUUCAGUGAAACAGUUGUUGGAAAAUACACAAAUCGAGCAGGAACAUCUGAAACAGGUUUUACAAAUUUUGCUCAAAGCUAAACUUUUAACCUGCACCGAUGAUGAAAACUCCCUGACGCCCAAUUCCAUUAUGGAAUUAUAUCUUAACUACAAAAACAAAAAGUUACGCAUCAACAUCAAUCAACCUUUGAAGACUGAACUUAAGGUCGAACAGGAGGCCGUACAUAAAAACAUUGAGGAAGAUCGCAAGCUACUCAUACAAGCUGCCAUCGUACGCAUCAUGAAAAUGCGCCGAAGGUUAAAUCAUACUCAACUCAUCACCGAAGUACUCAAUCAAUUGUCAUCGCGUUUCAAACCCAAAGUACCGGUGAUUAAAAAAUGCAUCGACAUCUUAAUCGAAAAAGAAUAUCUAGAGAGAAUGGAGGGACAAAAGGAUACAUACAGUUAUUUGGCGUAAAUUCAAAAAAAAAAAAAAAAGUAAUGGGAUGGAAAAUUCAGAAAAAUUCUUGUUUUUUUUUUUUACUUUGAACAUAAUGCGCGUUAUUUUUAAUUGUGUAUUUUUUUCAUAUAUUUUUUUUUAUUUUGUCGCCAAUGCCACCGCUUUUGUGAAUGUGAGGAAAGAAACGAAGAAAGUAAACAGAUCUUAAUGUUUUGUUCUUAUCUUAUAUAAACAUUUUAUAUUACAUAUUUUUAUUAUGAUUAUAGAAUUAUUAUCAUUUUGAA